AUGUUCAAGGUCUUUCUGAUUGGUGACUCUGACACUGGCAAGUCGAACCUUCUCCUUCGAUGCGCUAACGACAUCUACAGAGCCGACAUCGGUUCGACGAUUGGGGUGGACUUCGAAGUGCGCACGCGUACCAUCGAUGGCACGGUGGCCAAGAUGUACUUCUGGGAUACCGGUGGCCAGGAGCGUUUCCGCACGAUCACCAACAGCCAUUACCGUGGCUACAAUGGCAUUGUCGUCGUGUACGACGUGACCGACCGCGAGUCAUGUAGCCCUGCGCGGGUGUGGAUGCAGGAGAUCGAUAAGUAUAUUGUGCCAUCCAUUCAGAAGUUGUUGGUUCAAGCCCUGGCUAAGGCCGGCAGCGGUUAA